AUGCGUUUCAAAUUGGAGUUACAUUCCAUUUGUAUCUGCACUGGCCGCCCUUGUGGUCGUCCAGAUAACCCGCUUACAGAUGGCUACUCUGCCCCCACACCCUCUCACGCACCCGCCAAGUACGACUUCAACUACGCCGUAAACGAUCCACCAUAUGGCAACGACUUCGGACAUCAGGAAACCCGUGAUGGUGAUAACACACAGGGAUCCUACUACGUCCUUCUUCCCGACGGUCGUCUGCAGAUGGUGACCCACAAUGUGAACGGAGACUCCGGUUACGUGGCUGAUGUCACCUACGAGGGAGAGGCUCAGUACCCUACCCCAAAGGCCUCCUAUGGACCUCCUCAGCCUUCCUACAAGCCACCUACACCUUCCUAUGCUUAA